GAGACAUCUAGGCACCUACAUGACUCACCCACUAUACAGAAACAAAAGAAAGGCAUCUUAUCUGAAGUCGAUCUAUGACUCCUCACUUUUCAACAAAUCUCUCAUUUCGUUUUCUGCGUAUCUCGAUUUGUUGGCACAAUGCUACCAAAGUCCUCGAGAACAUCAAAUACAUGCAAACAUGAAUCUCUCUGCUUCACAAGCACAUCCAAUGCCCAAAAAUUUGGGUAUUCGCGUCCGAAUCUCGAAAAAAGACUCGCGGCCGCUACCCCCAAUAGAAUCUUAAACCCCUCACGAACUCCCCAGGAUGACGAUGAUAGUAGGGAUAGCAAAAUCUACCCAGCACCGCUUGUCCUCCCCUCCUCAGAAAUUUCACUUUACCCCCACGAAGAAGGCCAAUCUCUCCGGUCGUGGCUGAAAAACAAUGGUGUGAAUAAGAUCACGCCGGAGCGGAAAACGAUAUACAUCUCCCUUCCGCCGGGGUUCGGUGAGGAUGUGAAGUUCAUGAAGGGGUGGACAAUGCCGAAGGGGGCGACAAAGAGCGCAAAACGAGGUUUGGGGCUUGAUUAUGAGCUUGUUGCGAAGUAUGUGGAGGCUUUCUAUCAUGGAUUGGAGGUCAAGGUUUUGCCUGACGGGUGGUUCUCGUGGAUACUUGAUCAAGAUGAAAGCUCCGGGAAGUCUGAAGGAAGGGCAAAGGCAAAGACAAGUUCGAAAUCUAGGUCUAGAUCAAAGACCAAAUCCCGGUCCAUAGAUCUGGAGACUGAGCCCGAGGAUCCUCAAAUCGGUCUUCGCUCUAAAGACAGCACUGAAUAUACAGUCGUUCGCUCACGUCCGACGCCUAACUAUCCAUACUCCAACCAGUUGAACUUGAACGAUAUUCUAGACUUUGCAAUCGCAAGUCUACCAGAUGAUGCAUAUGCGCUGCUUAUGCUACUCGAACACGAUCUGUACGAAGACGAUGAUGAUGAAUUUGUCUGUGGGAGAGCGUACGGCGGUAGUCGAGUCUCAGUUAUGAGUGGUGCUAGAUAUUGGCCUGGGUUUGAUGAGGAGGAGAAUGUUGAGAGGGUUCAUGGGUGGCCGGCAUCGCAUUGUGAGGCGCAUCUUGAUACGUUCCUAGGCGAGGAGGGAACUACAAGAAAAGGCAAGGCGCAGACAACAAAAGGUGACUUGGUGGAUCUUGAUGCUGGUACGACUUCGCAGUCGGAGAAAAUGACCCCUCUCCACCGAGCAGUGCAAGUCUAUAUUGCACCCAGCACACCCAAAUCCCUCACACUCCUCCAUCUGGCCCGCAUAGCACGUACCGCGUCACAUGAACUGGGCCACUGCUUCGGGAUAGGGCAUUGUACAUACUACGCCUGUAUCAUGCAAGGCAGUGCCGGUCUAGCAGAAGAUGCAAGCCAGCCGCCAUAUCUCUGUCCUGUGGAUGAGGCGAAGAUACUGAGGGCGACGGCUAAAGGCGUGGUGAGUGAGAGGAGACUGGAAGGGUGGAAGGAAGAGAGAUUGUCUGUUAUGAAAAGAUUCUGUAGGGGUGUGGUGGAGGAGUGGGGGGCUGAUGGUAGGGGCAGUAUGUUUGAGUGCUUGGGAGAGUGGAUUACGGGUUUGCUUGAGGAUGUUGAUCAGACGGGAGGGAGAGGGGUGGACCGGGUGGUUAUUGACUUGACAAUGAAUGACUGA